GUGAAAGAACUAGGUUUUAGGGGUUUUGUGAGAAGAAGAUGGAGCAGGAACAACGAAGCCUUGAAAGCUUCUUAACAUGGGCAGCACAGCUUGGAAUAUCAGACUCAACAAGCACCAAUCAACCUCAACACUCUCUCUCCUCUUUGGGUUCUUCUCUCUGUGUCUCUCAUUUUCCUCACUCUGGCGGUAGAGGUUUGGGUGCGGUGAGAGACCUUAGGAGGGGAGAAAUUAUUCUCAGAGUUCCAAAAUCUGCUUUAAUGACAAGCGAGAGUGUUAUGGAAGAUGAUGAAAAACUCUGCGUUGCUGUCAAUAAGCACUCUUCUGUUUCCUCAGCUCAGAUAUUGAUUGUUUGCUUGUUGUAUGAAAUGGGUAAAGGAAAGGCUUCAAGGUGGCAUCCUUACCUCGUGCAUUUGCCUCACAGUUAUGACCUACUAGCCAUGUUUGGUGAAUUUGAGAAACAUGCUCUGCAAGUGGAUGAGGCUAUGUGGGUCACAGAAAAAGCUGUACUAAAAGCCAAAUCAGAGUGGAAAGAAGCUCAUACUUUGAUGGAAGAUCUCAAGUUUAAGCCCCAGUUUUUAACACUUAAGGCUUGGGUUUGGGCUGCUGCAACGAUAUCAUCCCGGACGUUACAUAUACCAUGGGAUGAAGCUGGGUGUUUAUGCCCUGUGGGUGACUUGUUUAAUUAUGAUGCACCUGGAGAGGAGCCAUCUGAUAUUGAGGAUGUAGACUAUUUGCUAUCCCGUUCUUCCAUUCAUGUUACUGCCGUAUCAAAUGGAGACAAGAAUAUAAUGAUAGAUGCAGAGCAACUUGAUUCUCAUUCUCGGAGAUUAACAGAUGGUGGGUUUGAGGAAGAUGCUAAUGCAUAUUGCUUUUAUGCUAGGGCACAUUACAAGAAAGGAGAUCAGGUUCUAUUGUGCUAUGGAACUUACACAAAUUUGGAGCUUCUUGAACACUAUGGGUUUCUCUUACAAGAAAACCCAAACGACAAAAAUUUUAUCCCUUUGGAACCUGCUGUAUAUUCUUCCACUUCUUGGUCUAAGGAAUCACUCUAUAUCCAUCAUAAUGGGAAGCCUUCCUUUGCACUACUAGCUGCAUUGAGGCUAUGGGCAACCCCUCGAAAUAAGAGGAGGUCUAUUGGACAUCUUGCAUAUUCUGGUUCUCAACUGUCUGCAGACAAUGAAAUUUUCAUUAUGAAAUGGCUAUCAAAAACUUGUGAUGCUGUCUUAAAAAAUCUGCCAUCAUCUAUUGACGAAGACACCUUGCUCCUAAAUGCAAUGGAUGAUAGUCAAGAUUUCUUCACUUUCAUGGAUAUCACAAAACUCAUGUCUUCCAGUUCAAGGGCUGAGAUUUAUACUUUCUUAGAAGCUUAUAAUAUAAAGGAUGCACAUAGUUUUGCUGAUAUUCUUCUAUCUAGAAAAGCUAGAAGAUCCAUGGACAGGUGGAAAUUAGCUGUCCAAUGGAGGCUCAGGUAUAAAAAAGUCCUUGUCGAUUGUAUCUGUUUUUGCAAUGAAAUACUGGAUUCUUUCAUGAAAUAAUGCUGAUGGACUGGUAGCAGUGUAUUUAAGUUUUUUCCUUUUCUGUUAUCUUUCUUCGGAUAAUAGUUUCUUGCUGAUUGAAAGAAAGGAGUGAACGGAUAUUAUUUUACUGGAAAAGACUGAAAUGGUAAAGCUAACCUUAUGCAAUAGUAAUG